AUGUCGGCCGUAUUCGUCAGGGUCCUAUCGUUUCUCACGGUUUUCUUGGUGCUUCUCGGCCUAGUUCUCCACGGUUUACGCUCGCACCACCCCGAUCCUUACCGAUGCCAGCAGCUGCUUGACGAUGGCAGCUGGCUCGAGCCUCCCAAUGAACAUGGCGCGAGGGAGCCAUUCAUCAACUGGCAGCCGCACGGCUGUAAGCUCCGAAACUACACCAAUCAGGAUAUUCACGAAUGCAUGGAGCAUCGCCACAUGGUCUUUUCCGGCGAUUCAACCACCCGUCAAGUCUUUUGGGCCAUGGGACGCCUGAUUGACAGGAACAAGUCCAACGAGCGCCGCAGUGCAGCCAGUAUCCACUCGGAAUACGAUAUGGAAUUCGACGGCAUCCGCCUAUUGCAAAUCUGGAAUCCCUAUCUCCACGUCGGCGAGGGAAGAAAGCACAACAAUGUCCCCGUCGCCGACCAAAAGAGCGCCGGCCUCUUUCUCAUCGGCGCAGGUAGCUGGUUCUCGCUCCACAUGUUUCACGAUGAUGCCAUUGGCAACUUCUCCGAGGCCAUUGUCAAGAUUAGCAACAUUAUCAAGAUGAGCACCUUGCCGCCGUUUGCGUCUGCGCCCAUGACACCGCAUGACGGCGUGGGCAACGGGCUCUUUGUUGCUCCUGUCGCUCCGCCCUUUUACGACAAGCUUCCAGACUAUCGAACGGGCCCCGUGGGCAUUCACAAGGGCGAGAUUGAGGAUAUCAACGAGUUCCUCGACGGCAUCAGCGCCGAGCAGCAAAUCCCGCUGCUUCGCGCGUUCCCCGCGCUCUCCAGGGAACAGCCCGGGGCCAUGGUCGACAUCACCGAGACGGGACUUCAUGUCAUCGACUUGGUCGCCGAGACCAAGGCCCUGAUCCUGCUCAACGCCCGCUGCAACGCAAAACUACACGCCCUGCACGGCUCCCCCUACGACGGCACUUGCUGCACCGACUACGGCCGAACAACGUUUGUCCAGUCCGUGCUGCUCGGCCUCGGCAUCCUCUAUGUUGCGGCAUGCAUCACCAUCGAGGUCUUACAGAUGGUCGGCCGUGGCAUCGACUGGUCUCUGUUUGACAUGAGCGCGUGCAUGUUUGUCACGGCGCUGCUGGCAUGCUUCCUCGCGGACCGCACGCAAGUCUUUGCCAAGGGCAGCAAGCAGUUUGUCGGCAGCGAGCUCGCCGCUCUGCUGCUGGUUACCGCGGUCGCUGGCAUCGUCUCCAUUCGCCGAAUGAAGCCGCUGCGGUCCGACUCACUGACUCGGCCCGACGAAAAACUACAAGACGCUGCACCGCUGUCCCGAGACCAGACGGAUGAGUGGAAGGGCUGGAUGCAGGCCGCCAUUCUCGCAUAUCACUGGACCGGCGCAUCCAAAUCGCUUCCCGUGUACAUUUUCAUCCGCCUCUUGGUCGCCGCUUACCUUUUCCAGAUGGGCUAUGGCCACACCAUCUACUUUCUCGUCAAAAAAGACUUUUCUUUGAAGCGCGUUGCCGCUGUCAUGCUUCGCUUGAAUUUACUGAGCUGUGCUCUGCCCUACGUCAUGAAUACCAACUACAUGCUGUACUACUUUGCGCCUCUGGCCAGCUUCUGGUUCGUAAUCGUAUACCUGACUCUGGCCAUCAAGUCCGACUACAACGACACGACCACCGCCCUCCUUAUCAAGCUUGCAAUCUCGGCAUCCGCCGUCGCGUCCGUCUUUCUGUUUACGCCAGUGUCGGAGUGGAUCUUCACCGCCCUUCGGUACGCCUUCCGCAUCGACUGGGACCUUCACGAGUGGCAGUUUCGCGUGUCCCUCGAUAGUCUCAUCGUCUACGUCGGCAUGCUGGCGGGCAUGGCCUCGGCAAAAGGAAAGGCUUGGGAUCGUUUACUUGUGCAAUCCAAGUUGCCAGGACUGAUUGGGUUGGCUGUCUUGGCCGGAUAUUGCUAUCUAAGCAGCCAAAUAUUUCAGGUGAAGCAGGACUACAACAAGUGGCAUCCCUACGUCUCGUUUGUCCCCAUCAUUGCCUUGAUCGCAGCUCGCAACGUCGCUGCUCCGCUGCGCGUAUACUACUCCAAAGCGUUUGCGUGGCUCGGUCGAUGCUCCUUGGAGGCCUUUACCCUGCAGUUCCACCUAUUCCUCGCCUCGGACACCAAGGGUAUUCUUCUUCUAGACGGCCUCACUGGCGAUGGCAGCCUCGCCACGGAUAGAUGGAGGCACCUGGUCGUCAUCGUUCCAUUGUUUCUAUGGAUUAGUCACGCGACGGCAGAGGCGACGGGCCACUUGACCAAGCGGCUGACCAGCGAAUCUGCGGAACAAGGCAAGCCCGAAGGCAGCCAUGCGUAUGAGCGACUUAUGCCAGAAUCAGGUGGCUUGGAUGAGUCGCGAAUAAUGCACUGGCUGAGGGUAGCUAAUCGUCUGGGUGUUAGAUUAGCCGCACUGCUACAGUGGGUCCAGUCCUUAUAA